AUGGAGGCUGAACGUGGCUUACCAUCGUACUAUAAUGUUCUGGGAGUCGAGAUCGAUGCUUCCAUUCAAGACAUCAAGCGUGCUUAUCGAAAGCUUGCAAUGCAAUGGCAUCUGGAUAAGUGGACGAGCACUCAUUCUCUAUUGAGUGAAGCCAAGCGUAAAUUCCAGCAGAUUCAAGAAGCUUAUUCCGUUUUAUCAGAUCAGAGGAAGAGAACUCAUUACGAUGUUGGAUUAUUUGAUCCCGAUGAUGAAGACGAUCAGGGCUUGUCUAAUUUUAUGGCUGAAAUGAUCUCCCUUAUGGCUCAAACAAGGGAAGAGGAGAAAGUUUGCAGCCUGGAGGAGCUGCAGAAAAUGUUGUGCGAUAUGGCACAAGAAUUUCACUCACCGUCGUGGUUCUGUGGACCGUCAUCUCUACUGAGGCACCAACGCCUCAAGAAACCAAAAAGAUCGUCGAGGCGCCUGUUCGAUGGGCACAUCUUUCUUUGCUAUUAUCCUUUUGUAUUUUUUGCUUCCUCUGUUCUUGAGAUCUGGGCAUUCCUUCAAGAUCCUCGAAAAGUUUCUCUUUCUUCAGAACUAGAAACCGCUGUAGUGAUGUCUCCCCCAAUUGAGCCUCCAGCCAAGUCCUUCGACUCUCAAAAUUCUUCACAUCCUCCUUUGAAUGAAAGGUCCCUUUCUUCAAUGACCAGGAGAUCCGUUGUUGCGCACCCAUGGCAUGAUCUUGAGAUUGGACCUGGAACUUCUACGAUUUUUAACUGCGUGGUUGAAAUUGGAAAAGGGAGCUGUGUUCAACUUAAUCUGUGGUGA